AUGAUUUCCAUCAAGCAAAAUUUCUCUCAAUUCAGAAGACUAGAUCUAUUUGGAAUGGAUGUGAGAUUAUUAGCUCAUGGCUAAUAAGCAUACCGAACAAAUCUCGGAGCAUUUAUGACCCUAUUUCUAUUCAGUCUGCUUGCCUAUUCAUGUAACUCCUUCAUCCUGGAAAUGAAUAAGGGGAAAAACGCGAUUCUUAAUUAAAAAGAGUCUCCACUACUUCAAAACGAAGGGUUUAGUUUUAAUUCGUCAUAAUUCAUCUACGCCAUCGGAAUGGUUGAUAGCUUAGGUUAAUACAUUCCUAACGAAAACAACCGCAUCUUUUAGGUGAGUUUUUAUUACUGCAAAAAAUCCUUAUUAGAAACUGCAUGUGAGGUCUUCCCUGCUGUGAUUUGUGGCAGUCGCAUAUCUGAAGCAGCCAAACAAAUGAAUGUUCCUGAAGACUACCAAUACAUAACCUAUUGUCCAGAUGAUCAUUUUGCAUAGACUCACCAAGACAUAAGGUUUUAAGGAUCCCAAAGAAUGGAUAAUCUCACCCUUCUGGGUGCCUACAUUCAAAAGUGUACCAACUCAACAGAAACACAAAAUUGUGCACCAGAAGAAGAAAUCACGAAAUCCUUGUCAAAUGCCAACCUUUUUUAUUCAUACUCCUUCUACCAAUUCAAUAAGGAAUUGGAUCUAUAUCCGUAUGAAAAAGUGCAAAAUUUGGAUGUGACUCCUUGCUACCCCAAUAUACGUAAAUAUAUCAAAGUCUUUUAUCAAUACUCAGUUACUACUUCAGAGUAUAACCCCUUUUAUUUCUUUCCUUCCACCAUUGACUAAGAUGCUGUCGAGUAUUAAUAAACGACAAUUGACACAUUUUUAGAUUAUAAUUUAGAUAAUACUUUUGCAUAAAUUGAAAUCACCCUGAAUUUUAAGAAAAAACUUAAUUAUGUGACCUAUCAAACUCUUAUGGAUGUUGCUGCCAAAAUUGGAGGCUUCUUCACAAUUCUCAAAGCUCUCUUUUAUCUACUGCUCUACCCAGCCUAAGUGAUCGUCUAUCGACUCUAUCUAAUCAAUAGUCUUAUUAAUCAAUAGUAAACAUUCACCACCUUAGAAAACCUAGAAUAGAAAGAUACGCAAACCAAAUUUGCAAAGUUAAGAAUAAGAGACCUUAUAAGAUAUUCUCGAGCUAGAUCUACCUAUUUUAACUAUUUAAAAAAAGUAGAACGACUCUUAGAUAUUACUGAAGUCCUAUCUAAUCCUUUACGGUUAACAAGGUAAGUUGAAGACAUCCAGGGAUCGAUACGAAAAUUUGAUCCUGCUAAAAAUUAAUUUCAAGUUAGAGUUGCUUUAGAUGAAAUAAUUGCCAAUCAGGAUAAGAAUGAUAUCCAAAGCCCGAGAUCAGUCAAUCAAGAGCUUUAACCUGUCAUCAGAUAGUCGAUAUUUUUAAAUAGACUUCAGCCAAAAUGA